GCUUCUUCUUUUUCUUUUUUUUUCCUUACUUCAUUCCUCUUCUUAUUUUUUUUUUUUCACCUUUCUUCUUCUUCUUCUUCAUAUACCAAUCAUCAUGUUAUCUGCUUACGACAAUACCACUCUCGAUUCAUCUUGUCAGCAAGACUUGAUCGAGAACGUGACCUCCAGUUAUUCUGUCAUUAGCCAUCCUUACUUGGAUGAAUCCAUUCAAACUAUCAAACAAACCACACUUCCUUGGUCGGAUUAUCAACGUAGUGGGUUAUUGACAGAGGAUGAAGUGGCUAUGAUUCAACACGUGGAGCAAGCAACUCCUGAAGAUAUUCAAAUCAUUAUGAGUGAACAUGGUAUUCAUUAUGCUGGCUUGUAUUUAGAUUUGAUGAACAAACUUGCUCGUGUGGAUGCUGUUAAAAAAGUGUUGGUGCUGAUUCAAGAUAUGUUAAACGGACACGAAGAUGAACGUAUUGUUCUCUUUCAUCAAGCAAGUCAAUACAAACAAGGAUACCCCUUCCUUCCAUUUCACAAAGCUUUGUCAAUCAAUGAUGAAUUCAUUGGAGUUCAAUCAAGCAAAAUUCUCACACUUUUAAUUUGCUCAACAGAACAGCGAGAUGUUGAUAUUGAAGAAUUGUUUCGAUGGAUGACUUUCCAAUUACAAAGCCAAAAGCCAUAUGUGAUUGAUUUGAAUGUUCAGAUCCUCAAUUGCCUUUUUCAUAUUCCAUCCUAUCGAUUGGUGUUUUGGCAAACUCUUCAUGCCAUGGAUUCUUUGAUCUCUAUUCUUCUACAGAAUGGCAAUAAUCCUCAAAAGACAUAUGAAGUUCUCUUUGCUGUUUGGUUAUUGACAUUCCAAUCCAAGAUAGCAGGACAUCUCAAUGAGAAAUACGAUGUGAUACCUACAUUGAUGGAAAUUGCUAAAUCAGCCGUCAAAGAAAAGGUGAUUCGUAUAACUAUGGCCAUCUUUAAGAAUCUGAUUGAACGGGCUCCCAAGCAAAACUUAGCGGCGAUGUUAGUAGCUGACUUGUUAUCCUUUGUUCAACAUCUCAGUACACGGAAAUGGUCGGAUCAAGAACUGGUAGAUGAUAUUGCUUAUAUCGAAAAAGAAUUGCAAGAAAACUUCCAAAGUUUGACGACGUUUGAAGUUUAUGCAUCCGAAGUGGAAACUGGCAAGCUAGAGUGGUCACCACCCCAUCAGUCUGAAGUCUUUUGGCAACAAAAUGCAAAUAAAUUGAAUGAAAAUGAUCAUCGAUUACUAAAGCAACUUGCUCGUUUACUAAAUGUGACUCAACAAACUUCUGUACUUGCCAUUGCAUGUCAUGAUCUAGGACAAUAUGUCAAACAUGUAUCAAAGGAUGGAAAAAGACAACUGGAAAUAGUAGGAGCAAAACAGAAAAUCAUGGAACUCAUGACACAUCAGGAUCAACAGGUCCGUUAUCAAGCAUUGACAGCUACUCAAAAAUACUUUGCCAUGGCAUCUUGAAAUCACCAUUUUAUUCUUUGUUCGUUAGGGUCUUUUUUUUUGAACUUUUAUAUAAUAUAUAUAUUUUGUUAUGACAAACUUUGUUUUUUUUUUUAUCAUCAGACUUCCAAUGAUAUUUCUCGUUUGACAACAUGAUUGACUCUUUUAUAGAUUGAUCAAAGGGAGAG